AUGGAUUUUCGUAUCGGUCGAACCCGGGCUUCUGGCGUUGACACCUGGACGAAGUCUGUUGAGCCUUCUUCCCCACCUCAGAACCGUGGUACCAUCCUUCCGUUUUGUGACGUUUGUUAUUAUCUUGGUUUCAGCCGUACUCGUGAAGGCAGGAAAGGUCUCGCACGGAAGCUGACAUCGACAUCCCACACGCAUGACGAUCUCCUUCGUCUAAUUGGGUCCUUGGAUGAGCAGACAAAGCCCUCGUGGAUUUUUGAGGCUUUGACACCCUUUAUGGGCGUUAAUUUCCUUAGUUUUUAG